CGCUUAGACUUAAAUGAUGACGCUUAGAAUAAUAUAACUAAUAAUUUGUAUAUUAUCCUUAACAGUACGGUCCUGUUAGAUAUUUUGAUGAUAGUGUGUUGUGAAUUUGUGGCAAAAUCUAUUUCCAGCUUCAAAAGGCUGCUUGGAUAUAAAGAAUAUAAUAUUGAAAUACAAACUUAAAAUAAAUGGAGCCGCAAGUGAAGAUACCAAGACUUAUGGAGUCAAAUACCAUGAAAAUUGAUUUGUAUAUUAAGGAUAUAAAAACAGAGAAACCUUUAAAGGCUGUAUUGAGUGAUGAAAUAACACAAGCAAUAAGUUUGAUUAAAGUCUUCACCGGCCAUUUAAGAGAUGUAAAAGAUAUCUCAAAAACUGUUCUGCUUCUAAAUGAAAAAUUGCCAAUCAAAGAAUUGCAGCAUUUAAAGAGAGUGAAACAAGGGGAAAUUGUCAUAUGCCCAGUUUCUUAUUUAGAAGAUAAUUGCUCUAUAGAAAAAUAUGUGAAUCUAAUUGAUGAGUAUCUAACAAAUGUAUUUGAUUCAUUUCAAGUUGUUCAAGUUCCGCUAAGACCACCAAAGUUAAAGAUGCAAUAUGAUGAUUCAAGAAAAUAUUGGCCAUGUAAUUUUCAUCCGGACAAGUAUUUGGAGAAGUUGGUAAGCAAUGAGUUCUUUAUAGAAAAAGAGAUUAAAUUGCAUAGAAGGUAUAUGGAACUGACUUUUGUUAUAGCAAAGUGGUAUAUUCAUAAUAAUAACUUGAACGAAGAGGAUUUAUUAGACGGAAUAAAUACAACUGUUGUUGUUGAUCCGAGUAUCAACAGUGUUGUUGCUGUAUCUUUUGAUAAUAGACAAAAUAACCCGAUUCAGCAUUCUGUUAUGUUGGCGAUAGAUAAUGUAUCUAAGACACAGAAUGGUGGAGCAUGGUCAAAUAACAUAGAAGUUGACAAUGAUACAUUAAUUGAUUUAAAACUUCUAGAAUAUUUAAAAGAAAUGUUUACUGAUAUUAGUUUUGGAUAUAGGAAGUUCAUAAGUAAAGGUGACAUAGAUUUUAAUAUCUCAAUGGAAGUUGAUGGGCCGUAUUUAUGUACUGGAUAUCAUGUCUACAUAAUUAAAGAGCCUUGUGUCAUGUGUUCAAUGGCAUUAGUUCAUGCAAGAGUUAAAAAGGUGUUCUUUUGUAUUGAAAAUAGAAGAGAUGGUGCAUUGUUGUCAAAGGCGAAGUUGCAAACAUUGUCAUCAUUAAAUCAUCGUUUUGAAGUUUUUACCGGAUUUUUAUAGUUUAAUAAAUACCGCGAUAUUGUAUAUGUAGAUUUUAUUGAAAUUAAAAGAAACAAACACUAAAUAUUAUGUAAGCUUUGUGAGGAAGCAUUGAAUGUUUGCACAAAGAAACAGAAAAAAGUUCUAAAUAUAAUUUUUGCCUUAAGCCUUGGUAACCUUAGCAAAAGAUGUACCUAUAGCAAGCCUCUUUCAGGCUAAUACGCGCGGCAGCCUCUUCAUAUAGGCUAUCCUAAAUCCUAAUUCACCGGCCCAGCUGAUAAUUUAGAAGUAGAGAAACAUAAAAAAAGGAAAUCAUAUUAAAGGUCAUUGCUAUCCAAAAUUAUUUUUUUAAGUUUCCUAAAGACGCUGAAUCAAUCUAAUUUAAAGUGAUUAUUAGUAUAAUGAAAAUACCUCUAAUGAUAGCUACCUAUUUAUUUCAUAUAUUAAGUAGAUUUGACUAUGUUGUGGUAUUUUAACUCAUACAUUACUAUCUGCAACUAAUGUAGGUUUGACAACGAAAUAAUAUUGAUAUAAAAUUACGAUUAGGUAUAGGUACCUAUUUAUAUUAUAGAAAAAACUGAGCAAUUUUUUUAAGUUGACCAUAUACUAGGUAGGUACAGUUUUAGGUAAAGAAGACAACCCUAAUGUCGUCCGAAGAAGUAAGUGUCACACGCUAGAAAGAGACACAACUUCUAAAUGAAUAAAAAUGUAUGUUAAUAGUGCUGUGUGCACCUAAAUAUGCUAAAUGCACCUUAUUGAGUGGCCGCAAGAGUCCCUAUUUCUUUAAUUUUUUUUUGUGGAGUGAGACUUUUGUACUUGAAUAAUAUUUCAAUUCUUUGUUUUAAUUUUUAUUUAAUAUUAAAAUUUUUGAACUUCUGUACUUACCCCGCCACCGCUCAUUGUAUGCAUAAGUAAGCCUUCUUUGUCAAAGAAGCUUAUAUAUAUAUAUAUUAUAUCUUCUAUAUAUAUAUAUAAAAGAGAAUGUAUGUUUGUAUGUUCCCUAAUAACUCCAAAACUAUUCAACCGAUCUUAAUGAAUCUUUUGUAAUAGAUUCUAUGAAGCUCAAGGAAGGUUUACAUAUAUAAUUUAUUAUAUACUAAUAUAAUAUAUUCUAAUUCUUUAAUUUAAAUCAUUCAGUAAAGUCGGAUUCAAUCAUUGACGUAAAGUAAACACCUAGACUCACAACCACACUAAAAAUCUGUCUGAAGCAAAAUCUGCCUGUUAAGCAGAGUUUUCGUUCAGUACGACCGCGCUUUUAAUACAACGCCACGCAAUAACAAAGUGUU